AUGAACUCCAUCAAGGCCGUUUCGGUCCUCUCGUUCCUCACCACUCUCGCUAGUGGUUGGCCAAUGGAUACUGCUUCCAAUGGUUGGGAUACUACUAGUUCCUCCAGCUCCAAGUGGGAGUCCACCACAUCUCCUAGUUCUUCAUGGGUGCCUACCACUUCUUCAAGCUCCAAAUGGGAGUCCACUUCAUCUCCUAGUUCCUCGUGGGAGUCUACCAGCUCAAGCUCUAAUGCCUCAAGCUCCUCCUCAAUGGUGAGCUACGCUUGCAACCCAGCUCAUUCUUACCCGGGUGGAGCUUCUUGUAUCUCGACUUCUGGCUCUUUGACUCUGGUCACCCCUUCGGCCACCCCGAGUACCUGGACAACUUACACCACAGUUUACACGACAGACUACACAACUUAUUGCCCAAGCCCGACAGUGGUCACAGUAAACAGCCAGACGAUCACGGUCACAAAAGCCACGACUUUGACGGUUGCAUGCCCGACAUGUCUCAAGACUUCAACUGUCACCAAGCCUGUCAAUGCUGCAUCCACCACUCCUGCUCCGAGUGCAACUCCCACUGGUUGCGCUGCACAGCUUCUCAAGUGCCAGUACACUCCUUCUGCCGAUGGUGGCUCCGCAAAUGAGGCUUACUGUGCUGCUCAAAAUGCCGCUUGUCAGGGUGCUUGCUACGCAGCCUACAACACUUGCAGAACCACCCCUGGUCCUGAUGGGCUCUCUGCCAACCAAGCCCAGUGUGCUGCUGAUUAUGCCGGCUGUCUUGGUCAGAACCCCUUCGGUACCAGUGGCAUAAUUUCGACUUUCCUUCCUUAUUCAGCCACCGCUAGCUCUUCCAUGAUGCCCACCACCUCCACUUACACCGAGAAGACCACAUACACCACAGUUUACACUACCGACUACGUUACUGUGUGCCCUACCCCAACAGUAGUUACGAUCAACAGCAAAACGAUCACGGUCACAUCCGCAACCACGCUCACUGUUCCAUGCCCAACAACACAAACUAAGACUGAUACCAUCACUAAAUCUGUUGUUGUUACUCCCUCUCCGGUUCCUGCUAGCUCCAAACCCACUGCUCCUGCUAGCUCGAUGCCCGCAAGCUCGAUGCCUGCUCCUCCCGCAAGUUCGAUGCCUGCCCCUCCUGCUAGCUCGAUGCCAGCCUCUUCGAUGCCGGUCUCUCCUGUCUCGACCAUGCCUGCUCCUGGAAACACUUGCCCUACUUGCUCUUCUUGCCCCCCUGCUCAGACUGUUACUGUCACCCAGACCCAGGUUCAGUAUGUCACUGUUACCAAGCAGCAAGAGACUUCCGUGCCUCCUAGCAGCACCCCUGCUUCCUCCACGAAACCUUCUAGCUCUGCUUCUUCCGCUGUCAUGAGUUCCAAGCCCGCCUCAUCCGCUCCUGCUUCAUCUGAAACUGCCAGCUCUAAGCCUACAUCGUCCGCCCCUGCUCCUUCCGCCACUGGCAAGUGCCCUCUUGACCUCAAGGCUGGUGCCUACGAGUACCCCCACGCUCUCCGCGUGAACGGCGUCAACGGCUACAACAUCACCGUCAACAAAGAUACCAAGACCGACGUUGGCUUUGACAUUCCUCAGGCUGAUGCCGGCAAGACUUGCAGCACCUACUUCAGCAUUCCCAAGAUGGCUGAUUUGGUCACCUCUGGCUACAGCUUGUCUGGCUCUGGCAUGAUCAAUGUCUCCAAGGACGGCAAGGUCAUCUACAGCUUUGCUCCUCAGGCUGGCAAUGCUUACAUGAUUGAGUCUGGCGCUUGUGCUGCUGGCAAGUUUGUCAGCUACACUUUCAGCACUACUGAUUCGGUCUCGAUCGACCUCUUUAACGACUAUAACCCUUGUGCUGUGGGUGCCUUCGUCACCGUCGCUUAA